AUGGGCGAACCCGACGGCGGCAAUACCCCGAUGGUGGACGUGUCCAAUGCCUCAGCCUCACAAGUUCGGCCAGGAGGGGCCCCAGCUCGGGAAUUCUUGAAUGAGAAGCUUGUACCCUAUCUGCUGGAAGGGAUGAAGGUUAUUGCGAAAGAGCAACCCGCGAACCCGUUGCGCGCGCUUGGGGAUUUCUUGAUCCAGAAGAGCAACGAGGUGGAAGGCGAGGUCGAAAAGGACGAAUAA